UCACCACAGCGCACCCUACCUCCCAAUUUUUCCUGAGGUCUCGACCGCGCCUUGAGGCUCGCGCAGACCUUGGACGUCAACACAGCGCACCACACAGCCUGGCGCUGCUCUUUGACGUCUUAAUCGCGCGCCCUCCCGCCCAUCAGGUGUUGGAGCUCCGCGCGCGGGCUGCGCUCCAUCCCCACGGCUGGAACGUGCGCUGUCUGUUGCCUCUCCUUUCGGUCAUGUUCCCGGCAGUCUCCUCUCCGCGGACCCCGGGGACCGGGACUCGAAGAGGCCCCCUGGGUGGAGUCGGGCCGGGCUCCACGCCCCGGGCGACCAGCAGGAAGGGUCUGACUCUGGGGUCUUCUGUCAGCUCCCCCGUGCUCUUCUCUCCGGCCGGCCGUCGGAGCUCCCUGAGCUCGCGAGGAACACCUACGCGAAUAUUACCACACCAUUCCAUAACUGAGUCUGUGAAUUAUGAUGUGAAAACAUUUGGAUCUUCUCUCCCUGUUAAAGUCAUUGAAGCCUUAACAUUGACUGAAGUUGAUGAUCAGCUGACUGUUCACAUAGAUGAAGGUGGAUGGGCUUGUCUGGUCUGCAAAGAGAAACUCAUUAUUUGGAAGAUUGCUCUGUCCCCUAUCACUAAGUUAUCUGUUUGCAAAGAACUUCAGCUGCCACCUAGUGACUUCCACUGGACUGCCAACUUGGUGGCUCUCUCUUACUCCACCACAUCCGGCGAAGCACAUUCCACGCAGGCUGUUGCUGUCAUGGUUGCCACCAGAGAAGGAUCUGUCCGCUACUGGCCAAGCCUUGCUAGUGAAGACACCUACACGGAGACGUUCAUAGAUCUGGGAGGCGAUAAGACCUACAGUUUCCUAACAGCAGUACAGGGAGGAAGUUUUAUAUUAUCCUCAUCGGGGGGCCAACUAAUCCGCCUGAUACCUGAAAGUAUAGGAAAAAUUCAUCAGCAUAUCCUGCCUCAAGGACAAGGCGUGCUUUCAGGAAUUGGUCGGAAGGUUUCUUCUCUUUUGGGAAUUUUAUCUCCUAGUAGUGAUCUCAUUCUUUCAAGUGUCCUCUGGGAUAGAGAGAGAGCGAGCUUUUAUAGCCUGACAAGUUCAAACAUCAGUAAAUGGGAAUUAGAUGAUUCUUCAGAAAAACAAGCACAUAGCUGGGAUAUAAAUAGAGUCCUGAAGGAAAACAUUAUUGACGCUAUCUGGGGAUCUGAAAGUAACUAUGAAGCUAUUAAAGAAGGGGUCAACAUUCGGUAUUUGGAUUUGAAGCAAAACUGCGAUGGGCUCCUAAUUUUGGCAGCAGCAUGGCACCUGGCCGACAGCCCCUGCCUUGUCUAUUACUCUCUGAUAACAGUAGAAGAUAAUGGCUACCAAAUGUCAGAUUCAGUGACUGUGGAAGUCACUCAGUAUAACCCACCUUUUCAGUCUGAAGCCUUGACUGUAUGUCGGUUGAUGGUCCCAAACUUUUCAAACCAGACUGCCUGUCUGUACACUGAAAGCGCCAUCUACAUGUGCUCCACGGGGACCGGGAAGUUUUCUCUCCCUCAGGAGAAGAUUGUUUUUAAUGCGCAAGGAGACAGUAUUUUAGGAGCUGGUUCCUGUGGGGGUAUACCUAUCCUUUUUUCUAGAAACAGUGGAUUGGUGUCUAUUACUUCAAGGGAAAAUGUGUCCAUAUUAGCAGAAGAUCUUGAAGAUUCCUUAGCAUCUUCAGUUGCUGGACCAGGCAAUGAGAGUGUGGUUUUUGAUACUUCUACCAAGAAUGAAACUAUUGCCCAGGAAGAUAAAACCAAAUUGCUCAAAGCUGCUUUUCUGCAAUUCUGCAGGAAAGAUUUAGGUCAUGCUCAAAUGAUAGUUGAUGAGCUGUUUUGCUCUCAGGCUGAUUUGGACUCCGAUUGUGAGCUAGACAGAGCUGUCACCCAAAUCAGCGUGGACCUGCUGGACGACUACCCGGCUUCCGACCCGCGCUGGGCUGAGUCUGUGCCCGAGGAAGCACCUGGGUUCAGUAACACGUCCUUGAUUAUUCUCCACCAGCUGGAAGACAAGAUGAAAGCCCACUCUUUCCUCAUGGACUUCAUCCACCAAGUCGGCCUCUUUAGACGCCUCAGCACUUUUCCAGUGAGAGGGACGCCGAUGGCCACACGGCUGCUGCUCUGUGAGCACGCCGAGAAGCUGGCUGCCGCCAUCAUCCUCAAGAACCACCACUCGAGGCUUCCUGACCUCAUGAACACAGCGAUCCUGAUGGCUUUGAACAAGAGGGACUGUGACGUCCCGUCCAACCUGACCCCUGCAGACGUCUUCUUCAGAGAGGUGUCCCAGGUAGAUACCAUCUGUGAGUGUUUACUGGAGCAUGAGGAACAAGUCUUGAAGGACACAUCCAUGGAAUCAGUUGAGUGGGCGGAAGUGGUGAUCAAUGUGAACAGUAUUCUCAAGGACAUGCUGCAAGCUGCUAGUCACUAUCGACAAAAUAGAAACUCCUUGUAUAAAAGAGAAGAGCCAGGAGAUAAAGAACCUGAGUAUGUUCCAUGGACAGCAACCAGUGGUCCUGCUGGCAUCCGAACAGCAAUAGUGCGCCAGCAUAGGACUGUCCUGAAGAUGGUUUAUCCUCAGGCAGACAGCAACCUCCGAAACGUUCUAACAGAGCAGUUAGUAGCACUGAUUGAUGGCUUCCUGGAUGGUUAUGUUUCUCAGCUCAAGUCUGUGGACAAAUCCAAUGAUCAAGAGAGAUAUAGCAAUCUGGAAAUGGAAUACCUACAGAAAAGAUCAGAUCUCUUAUCUCCGCUUCUCACACUAGGCCAGUACCCAUGGGCUGCUUCAUUGGCAGAAAAAUACUGUGACUUUGAUAUCUUGGUACAAAUGUGUGAGCAGACUGACAACCAGACCAGACUGCAGCGCUACAUGACCCAGUUUGCUGAUCAGAAUUUUUCAGACUUUCUCUUCCGUUGGUAUCUGGAGAAAGGAAAGCGAGGCAAAUUAUUAUCUCAGCCCACUUCUCAGCAUGGACAGUUGGCGAAUUUUUUACAAGCUCAUGAACAUCUCAGCUGGUUACACGAAAUUAACAGCCAAGAAUUAGAAAAGGCUCAUGCAACACUUCUGGGUUUGGCAAAUAGGGAAACUCGUUACUUUGCAAAGAAAAAAACCCUUCUUGGCUUGAGUAAAUUGGCGGCAUUAGCUUCAGACUUUUCAGAAGAUACACUGCAAGAAAAAAUUGAAGAAAUGGCUGAGCAAGAGCGCUUUCUGCUGCACCAAGAGACGCUGCCUGAACAGCUGCUAGCCGAGAAACAGCUGAGUCUCAGUGCCAUGCCUGUGCUGACCGCAUCGCAACUCAUUGGCCUGUAUAUCUGUGAAGAAAACAGAAGAGCUAAUGAGUAUGAUUUCAAGAAGGCUUUGGACUUGCUGGAAUAUAUUGAUGAGGAGGAAGAUGUAAAUAUAAAUGAUCUAAAACUGGAAAUCCUUUGCAAAGCUCUUCAGAGAGAUAACUGGUCCAGUUCGGAUGGUAAAGAUGAUCCAAUUGAAGUAUCUAAAGACAGUAUAUUUGUGAAAAUCUUACAGAAACUUUUAAAAGAUGGCAUUCAGCUCAGCGAGUACCUCCCCGAGGUGAAGGAGCUGCUGCAGGCUGACCAGCUGGGAAGUUUGAAGUCCAGCCCUUACUUUGAGUUUGUUUUGAAAGCCAAUUAUGAAUACUAUGUCCAGGGACAAAUGUGAUUGUUUAUAAAAAUGGUCGUUUUUCCUGAAAAUUUGUAUAAGUGUGUCCUUAUAAAAAGUUUGGACCUUAAACAUCUAGAAGUUUGUACAGUUUUAUAUCACAUAUUUCUGACUUUUUUAUACUUUAUUUGUAAGCUACUACAAAAUAGUUGUAUGACUAUACUUUUGGUAUUCAGUUACAUGAUAUUGUUUUUUUCUUCCUCUUUUCCAUCGAGGUUUAUCAGUUUUCAUACCUACUACCGUUCCUUUUUAUCUCACUCCAUCCAGGGUCCUGGUUCUAGCUUCUUGUAUGCAAAGACCACUUCUAGGCUUUAGUUCUAUAACUCUAAAAACAGCAAGAUUGCACUAAGUCGUCUCUGAAAUUGCUGUGAAUCAUAGAUGGUACGUACUGGAAAGUGUCUGGAAUUUUUGUUUUGAUUUUGAUUAGGGCUGGGAGCAGAAUGUCUAGUGGGAUAAGUGUCACAAUUUGCUAAUUUAUGAAACAGACAGAGUGGGGCAAUUCAGUGUGAGCUUGAUAACUUUACUUCAUUGGGAAAUGUCAGUUUUUUCCACAUGAAUAAUAGAGUAUUAAUAAAUAUAUUUUGGUGAAUAAAGCAUA